AUGGACUCAUCCGUAAUGAUCACGAAGUUAAUGGUGUGCAGAAACCUAACUGAAAUGCUUGAGUCGUCGGCUCGUCACUGCAAUCCACCCUUAGAAUUUCACCAUGCAGAUUCUACGAUACCACCCAUAAUCGUGACAACACGACAGCUUUCGCAUCGAGCUCAUGAAAAUGCCCGCUUUAUUCAUGGUAUCCGUCAUGUCACUAAGGAUACUAUUGUGUUUCUCCAUUUCGAUAAUCAUGAGCAAAAUAUUAUAUGGCUUUGGUCUACCAUAAUAGCUGGCUACUUGCCCGCUUUGUCACCGGGUUUUGUGAACGACCUGGCUCAGCGACGAAAACUUAUCUUGCAUCUCAAGUUGUUGUUUAAAGAACCCCUUAUUCUCACAUCAGAUCGAUUGGUUCACGAGUUUUUGGAUAUCGAAGGGCUUAAUAUCGUAAUGGUAGAAUGUCUCAUAAGUCAACUACCAAAUGGGAUCAACUCUGCUCCAAGGGCAAACUCGGGUCACAAAAAGGGUCCAGAGGAUGCGGCGAUCCUCAUGCUCACAUCGGGCAGCACUGGAAACGCAAAGGCGGUGGUGUUGCGGAACAGCCAAAUUAAGGCUGCGAUGGCGGGGAAAAUAGCUCAUCAUGGCACAAACCAACGAGAUAUUUUCCUGGCUUGGGUUGCUUUAGAUCAUGUUGCAUCACUUUGUCAAAUUCACCUGCAUGCGAUAGCCCUAGCUUUCGAGUCAGCGUGA